AUGUCAACGGACGAUCUGCUCUCGCACACUCUGACAACGAAGAAUGACCACGAACCUCCACCGUUCGAGCAACGCCAAGGACCAAAGCUCAAGAUGGUGUACAAACACCACGGCCUGUGGCGGCUGAUUCUGCUCCAGAGAUGCAUCGACUUUGAUUCUCCCGCGCGAAUGUGGUGGCUGCUGCUGCUGUUCUCGAACCUUUGCUACUGCUGGAUCAUGGUCCCUGUCCAAGUGAUUUUCCCGCUCUGGCAGCGCCCGUCGUGGGUCACUCAAUCCAUCGACUCCAUCUCGAAUAUCGGCCUGCUGCUUGACCUCGUUUUGAAUCUGAAUCUCGCCUACAUGAUUGAGUCGGACAAAGUCAUGGAUCCGAAGCUGAGUGCACUUCGACACCUCCGGACGGGGUUUCGUUUCGAUCUCCUGUGCGCGUUGCCCUACAAGUAUCUGCACAUGGAGGCGUAUGGACUCAUGCGGUUGCCUCGCCUCCUGCGCGUGUUCCAUUUGAAGCGGCACCUGAAAGAGCUGGACCACUUCAUCCAGUUGAACAGCAGGCGACAGCUUGUGCUGCUGAUCCUCCUGUUCUUCAUGAUGUUCCACGUCGUAGCGUGCAUUUACUUCGGCAUUUCGUACCUCGAAGGGUUCGAUCCAAACGAGAACGAAGCUUGGGUCUGCCCUACCAGCCUCUGCUUGCGCCGACUGAACGCAACGCACUUGGCGAACUGCAACGGCGUGAUAUUCGAUGAGAAUAUGAACCGACGAGAGCUGGGAGAGAUUGCGGCCAUGGAGUACUUCCGCUCGCUUUAUUACGCUGUAGGGGUCUUGGCGUCGCCUGGGAACACCGUGGAGCCAACUAGUGACGUUCAACUGGUAGCAGCGUUGAUCCUCAUGCUCGGAGGUUUCUUGAUAUCGGGCGUUGUAGUGGACAACGUACAGAAGCGCUUUACCGCCUCCGCCUUCGAGCAGAAGCAGUUUAUCGAGACGAAUACUCGCAUUCAGCUGUUCCUUCGACGACAGAAGGCCCCGCUAGCUAUACACCACCGUGUCAAGUCCUUUUUGGAUUACUGGUGGUCUUCGCAUCGGGGCGCGGUUCUCCGUGACUUACUCGCAGAUCUGCCACACUCAAUGCGACUGGAACUGCUACGAAGUAUUUGUACCCCGGUUCUGCAGACGCUAGCACUACUGCAGGGUGUGCAUCCUGUACGGGACAAGCUCGAAGAAGUUAUGGUGGAGAACGCCAGCUUUAUUCUUUUCAGUCAAGUCGCUCACGAUUCUGGGGGUGUGCCAAACGCGGCACAAUGA